AUUACGUUUGGGAUCCGACUGUACGAUGAGCUGAGCUGAGCCGGCUUUAGCCCUUUUUAGCAGACCGAUGAAGGUGCAGUUACCAAACAAAGAGGACACAAAGGAUAUGCUGAUACGUUCUGAAAGGGUUCGACCCUUCAAUGAACUGAGACUUUUGGACCAUGGAUGGAACAGAAUCACCCGGGCCUCUGCCUGCCAGAGGAGAAGCAGAAGGUGCUCAAAGUACAGAUGAAUCAACACAGAAGACUAGUAUGCAAAAACAAUUAUGGGAUGAGGAAGAGACUGAAGGAGAUCAGAAAGGAGAUGGAGAAGGGAGACUUGAAUGUGAUCCUCUUGCAGAAGCAGCAAUGAAUAUUCUAAGAACUCAGAAGCAACAGAAAGACCCGGAUGAAGAAGAAGAUGACGCCUUUCUGGAUUAUGGAGAUAGUGAUAGUAUAGGUAGUGGAAAACAUGUUGAACAUAUAGAUUGUGCAGUUGGAUGUGAGCAAAAGCUUGCUGAUGUCUCAAAACAAUUGGAUGACCUUCACAUAGACAUUCCUGAACCCAUGGUAAAGCUCAAACGCAGAUCAUCUUCUAUUGCAGAACUUUCAGAUGUGGAAGCGACGGGAUCUGUGGAACGCUUUUCACCUCGAGAGGACCCUGUGGGGUCAGCGAUGGGCUCCUUGCCCCUUCAUGGUACGCUGUCCAGGGAAGGGGAAAUGGUAUCGUAUGUUGCUGAUGAUCUCCUAGAGAAAAUCCGUCAGAGUGUGGGUUCCUCCCGGUCCACCUCAGGGGCAACAUCUCCUGCUUACCCCACCACCAGUCAGAUGAUGCCAUGGGCAACAACCCCACCAUCCAUGACCUCUUCGUCCUCGUCAGCAACAGAGUUUGGAGUCGCCGUAGGUCCAUCUGCAAUGAUUCCUCCGAUAGACCCUGAGGCUAUACAAGACCUAGAGAAGCAAUGUCACAUGGUCGCUGAUAAUCUCAACCUCAUGCUGGGACACCUCUCAAAUAGCUUGCAUAAUAUGUCAGCCAUAACAGUAGGUCACAUACAGACAUACAGAGAUGCAGUAGAAAAAGCAGGAAUUACAGUGGAUCACAGUGUGAAGGCGAUGUAUGCUCUUAUGGCCAAAGUGGAAGAACUGAAUUUUUCCAUGCCAAUGGUUUAUGAUCUUGCCAAGCAAAUUAAAUCAAUCAAUAGUCAACUUGAUGAACUGGAGAGCCUAUGUAAAUGAGCUUCUUGUGCAGCAUAGUCAUGCAUCUCCUGCAAUGAGCUUCUUGUACAAGCAUAGCCAGGCAUCUCCUGCAAUGAGCUUCUUGUACAGCAUAGCCAGGCAUCUCCUGCAAUGACCUUUUUGUACAGCAUAGCCAGGCAUCUCCUGUAAUGAGCAUCCACAUUAUCCUUGGAUGAAGAUAGUCUUGUGCCACAAAGAUUGCCCAAAUCAGUCUUGAACACUGCCUGCAGAGCUAUCUCUAGAUGUCUUAGACUAAAGAGAGUAGACAUACUAAAUGAUACUUGCUGUAUGGUAUCACCCUACGACAUGCAUGUACCAGCCGAGUGUUUUCAUCACAUGCAGGUGCAGAAAUCCAAAAUAUGAAAUGAAUUGACCCCUCAUCCUUUCCUCCCGAGUAUGAACCAUGCAGAAAGAGACACAUUUUAGUCCUCCUCAUCACACCAUUGGCCCUUUGAUGGCAUCAUUCAUUAUCAUCAUCAUCGUCGUCGUCGUCAUCAUCAUUACGCGUCUGUUUUUCCCAUGCUGUGGGGUUGGACAUUUCAUUUCCUUUAUGGCUCUUCUCCAAGAAUCCCGGUCUUCAGCAUCCGCCAGGGUGAAGUGAUGAGAUGCUCUCAUAUCUUCGUCUAACGUCUCCUUCCAGGUUUUCGAGGUCUGCCACAGGGUAUUGAGCAGGCAGCCUGGAAUCCGUUGCUUUCUGAAGCCAGCGGCUUUUUUUUCUCUCCAAGCCAUCAUAGCCCAAGGAUGUUCUUGUCAUCUAGUGCCACAUGAGCUUUUAUUUGGUCCCAACAAAUCUCUCCCAUCAGGUUCCAGUGACACAUGGCCCAUUUGGCCAAGUGGCUUUUUUUUCUCUCCCAGCCACCAUAUAGGCCAAGGAUGUUCUUGUUAUCUAGUGCCACAUGAGCUUUCUUUCGGUCCCAACAAAUCUCUCCCAUCAGGUACCAGUGACACAUGGCCCAUUUGGUAAUGUGUGCCUCAGAAUAUAUUGACAGUGCAAGAGCUAAUGGGAUUACAUGAGAUUAGACAAAACAUGUGUGUCUUUGGGAAGGGAAGGAAAGUGGGACACUUUUUAGUCAGUCUUCACCUACAUGUACCAGAAUCUUGCAUCCCUUAAGAUCUUGAAGGGUUGAUAUAUCCCAGACAAGAUCAUGCACCCUGCACUGGAUGUAUUUAUUGUAUUACCCAAGAAUAUACAUGUAUAAAUGUACUGCUCCUAAGUGUACUUUGUACAUAUAUGAUUUUAUAAGAUUACACAUCAUGUCAAUUGUAGUCCUAAACUGUUAUUCAGAAUAUUUUUAAUCAUCAUUUAAUUUUUCACUUUUACAUCGAGUCAUUUGAAAUUGAAAAAUAUGAUACAGAUAUUUUUAGAUUGGAAAAUUAUGAUACAGAAACAGAUAUUGCUUGGACAUGUAUACAGAUAUAUUUUUCUCUGUAGAUCUACAUACUGGAACGUAUAUGUCAACAGAGAACAAUUUAACAAAUAUGUUCUUCUACAGUUUAUUAGUACUGUAUACAUUGCAAAUGAAAUUGAGCACAUAUCUGUGAAAAGUUUUAUGUGCAUAUUAAUGCAAAAUUAAUCCAAGCUUUAUGUGCCAUGCACCAAGAAGACAGUGCAAUAUCCUUUGAAGACAUUGGACUGGUAGAGAAGUUAUGCCACAUUUUGCUUGACAGUUCCAACUUAUGUUUUAUUCUGACAUUUGAAAUGUCCUUCUUGCACACUUCAAACUUUAGAAGAAGAAAAUGUGUCAAUUAGUGUCUUGCAUCCGCUAAUUUUACAUUCAUGCAUUCAAUUUGUUGAACAGUGACAUUCCUAAUUUCCAAAUUAUUUAUUAGAAAAUGUGAAACAUGUACUCGCAGCAAAGAUGUGUUGUGCAUGGUUGUACGUGUGUUUAGAUUCAGUCAUUGAUAAUUUGUAUAUAUUUUGUUUAAUAUGGAUGGUGCAAGAUUAUGUAAUCAGCUUCUAUGCAAGUUGCUUGUCUUCAGAUGUGUUAUUGAAGAUGAAAAUAGUGUAACAUUGACGUUUUGUUCUGGGUAAUAUGAUGUAAUUUUUUUUAAAUGCAUGUUGCAUAACAAGAGCACAUUGCAGGUAUAUUUAUAACUGAAUAUAUGUAUUUCAGGUGUGUAACUAUUGCUGCCUACUUUCAUUAUGCAGACAGUAUCUGAGCUACUGGAAUAGCCAGUCAUGAUUUUUUUUUUUUUUUUUUUUUUUUUGGGGGGGGGGGUUCACUCAGGCUUCUGAGAUUUCAACAAUUCUUGCAGCAAGUGUGUGAAAUGAAUGGCACCCUUGUGUUAGUGGGAGAGUGAUGGGAGCUUUUACAAAUUAUGUAUAAUAAAAUUGUAAAUGUGAUUUUUGCAGAAUCAUUUGCUACUUUCCUUCAGUGUUCAAGCUAAGGGCCAUAUUAGGGAAGCAUGUUUAAAGCCAGAGUUCUCAUUUCUAAAGCAGUUCGGAAGUGAAUACAGACAUUUCUUUUAUGCCAUGUACUUCACACUAAUGGGAGUUCAAGGGUACUUCAUACAAACAAAUUUU